AUGCAGGCCACUGUAAUAAGUGUCCAGAAGAUCAACAAUCAAACAAGGAUGGAAAUCAAUGCAUUCCCAAGUUAGUGACCUUCCUUUCCUACGAAGAACCCUUGGGCAUCCUUCUAACUUUCUUCACACUUACCUCGACCCUCAUCACAAGCGCAGUUCUUGGAAUCUUCAUUAAAUACCUAGAAACUCCCAUUGUCAAGGCCAACAAUCGGGACCUCUCCUACAUCCUCCUCGCCUCCCUCCUGCUUUCAUUUCUUUCGUCGUUUCUCUUCAUUGGCCAGCCUCAGAAGAUGGUCUGCCUUCUCCGCCAAACUGCCUUCAACAUCAUCUUCUCUGUCGCUGUCUCUUCUGUGCUGGCCAAAACUGUCACUGUGGUGGUGGCCUUCAUGGCUUCAAAGCCUGGGAGCAGGAUGAGGAAGUGGCUGGGGAAGAGCUUGGCCAACUCCAUUGUUCUUUCCUGUUCCAGUAUUCAGGUGGGCAUCUGCACUCUCUGGCUGGGCAUUUUUCCUCCCUUCCCAGACUCUGACAUGAGCUCCCAGUCUGGGCAGAUCGUCCUGCAAUGCAACGAAGGGUCUGUCGCCAUGUUUUACGCUGCCCUGGGCUACAUGGGCUUCCUGGCUGCCGUCUCCUUCACUGUGGCUUUCCUGGCCAGGAAGCUGCCCGGGGCCUUCAAUGAAGCCAAGCUGAUCACCUUCAGCAUGUUGGUGUUCUGCAGCGUUUGGGUGUCCUUUGUGCCCACCUACCUGAGCACCAAGGGGAAGUACAUGGUUGCCGUGCAGAUCUUCUCCAUCUUGGCCUCCAGUGUGGGCUUGCUGGGCUGCAUCUUUCUUCCCAAAUGCUACAUUAUCAUACUGAGGCCUCAUCUGAAUACAAAGGAGCACCUAAUGGUGAAACGUAAAGAUGGCAUUUAAUUUCAUUUCAAGUUUUUGAUGUCUUUUACGCGUAAUAAAACCAAAGUUCUUCUCGUCAGAGCUGAACCCCUUCAGCUGCUAGUCAUAUAUAUUUCUUUUCAUGUACCUCAUUAAAGGAAUUGGUUACAUAUUAUUCUGAGUAUAUGAUGAACAGUAGAUGAAGUCGUCACGGGCGACGCAAUGAAGAGACGAGACGCAGCGAUAUCAUCCGGUGGAGAAAAGCCAGCGGCUAAUCUGCCGAGGUAGC